ACGGCCCGGCAGUUGCCUGGUAACGCCCGCUGAAGGAGUCCCGGCGUCUGAAGGUCCCGGAGAAGUGUCACUGGCCCCGAGUGGGACCCCGUAGUCCGUUCUCUCCGCGCCAGCCUGUCCCCGCGGCUUGGCGGGCUAGGGCAGGGGAAAUGUUGCAGGAGGAGUCGGAUCUUUCUCUCGUUAUUGCCCAGAUAGUCCAAAAGCUCAAGGGCUCCAAUUUGUACGCUCAGUUGGAACGGCAGGCCUGGGCCAGUCUUCAGAGACCUGAGAUUAAACUUGAAUCACUAAAAGAAGAUAUUAAGGAAUUCUUUAAAAUAUCAGGUUGGGAGAAGAAACUUCAGAAUGCUGUUUAUAGUGAACUGAGUGUGUUUCCUUUACCUAGCCAUCCUGCUGCACCUCCUGAACAUCUCAAAGAACCUUUGGUAUACAUGAGGAAAGCACAGGGAAGUUGGGAAAAAAGAAUUUUGAAGAGUUUAAAUAGUAUGUGCACUGAACUGAGUAUCCCAUUGGCACGAAAGAGGCCAGUUGGAGAACAGAAAGAACUUCUCAAUAAAUGGAAUGAAAUGGGAACUGAUGAACCAGAUUUAAGCCUUUUCAGACCUGUUUAUGCACCCAAGGAUUUUCUGGAGGUGUUAAUUAAUCUUCGCAACCCAAAUUACGAAAAUGGUGAUUCUCUUAGUUUCAGGACUCAUUUGGGUUUAAUCCAAGUUCCUCUGAAAGUAAAAGACAUCCCUGAAUUGAAAGAAUUCUUUGUAGAAUUGGGCUUAACUACAGGACAGCUGGGUAUAGAUGAUUCUACACAAGUGCCUCCUGAACUUUUUGAAAAUGAGCAUGUACGUAUUGGGCAAAAAGUUCUAGCAGAACAAGAUAGUGCUGCUGCUCAACAGUAUAUCAGACAAGGAAGCCCCACAGCACUGAGAGCAGAAUUAUGGGCUCUCAUUUUGAAUAUUUCCAGUCAACCUGAGGAUAUCUUAUAUUAUGAGCAGCUCAAGACCAAUGUGAUACAACAUGACCUUUUGGUGGAUAGUCUAAUCUAUAAAGAUGUGAAGUUGACAGCAAGCAAUGAUGAUUAUUAUUUUGUAUUUGAAGACUAUUUAUAUCAGGUAUUACUUUGUUUCUCCCGGGAUACAUCUGUGUUGGGUCAUUUUGCGUACAACAGCGCUUCACCACCGAAAUCAUACAUCAGAGGAAAACUAGGACUAGAAGAAUAUGCAGUAUUUUAUCCACCAAAUGGUGUAAUCCCUUUUCACGGAUUUUCAAUGUAUGUUGCACCGCUUUGUUUUCUGUACCAUGAACCUUCCAAACUGUAUCAGAUAUUCCGUGAGAUGUAUGUGCGUUUUUUCUUCAGACUACAUUCCAUCUCUUCUCACCCUUCUGGUAUUGUGUCCCUCUGUCUGCUGUUUGAAACUCUUCUUCAAACUUACCUCCCCCAGCUCUUUUAUCAUCUACGAGAAAUUGGGGCUCAACCGCUACGCAUAUCCUUUAAAUGGAUGGUUCGAGCUUUCUCUGGAUAUUUAGCUACAGAUCAACUCCUGCUUUUGUGGGAUAGAAUCCUAGGAUACAACUCUCUGGAAAUUCUUGCUGUCCUGGCAGCUGCUGUGUUUGCUUUCCGAGCAGUGAACCUGAUGGAGGUGACAUCACUGGCUGCAGCUGAAGCAGUUCUUGCUGACCUUUCUACCUUAAAAGUUAUGCCUCUUCUUCAGAUUUUUCUGUUUGCUACUGUCACCUGAUCUCCUUCAAGGUCACUGACAACACAUCUAGUUUUUUUCAUUAGAAAAUAAUCAUGAACUAUGCAAACUCUGCAUAAAACCAAAAUUAAACUUCGCAUAUAAGCCAAUAAAGAUCAUGUUCCCUCUUCAGUUAAA